AUCACAUAACUUUCCCCACCUCCUUUUUCCGCCAUUGCUUUGUUUUGGUUCGUUUUUUUGUUUAUCUUCGCACAAACAAAAUGUCGUAUGGUUUUCUGUAACAUUUUCUACGUUUAAAAAAAUGCCCUCACACCGCUAUAGCGACAAAAAGCCAUCUGCAGAUCAAGACAGCAGCAGUUCAGAUGACAAUGAUCAUGGGAACAACGAAGAGCCAAGUGCAUUAAAAGUACGGCUUUCUUUUAGCACCAGCUAUAAGGCUGGACAAGCCAGGUUAGAAGCUUCUCCAGCAAGGGAUUCGUAUCCACCAAUAAACUUUUGUCACCGCCACAGCGAAGGCAGCGACCAAAUAGCACAGACGACAUCGCCAAGACUCCCAGCGGCUUUUGCUAUACCAACUCCGGACACUUCUUGGAGCCGACGACAUUCAUCUAAUCCAGUAGAAACUGCACUACCACCUUCGCGCAACCGAUCUUUUCAAUGCCGAGAGUGUGGCCGUGCCUUUCACGAUGGCAGUCGAUUGAGAACUCACCUUCGCAUCCAUUCCGGAGAGCUUCCCUUUGAAUGUGGCUUAUGCUUUAAAUCCUUCAUAAGCAAGUACCGACUUGAUCGUCAUCAACUUAUUCAUUCAGGAACAAGAGCUUUUCGAUGUGAAUUGUGUGGUCAGACGUUUGUCACCAAAGACAAAUUGAGCCGCCAUCACGUUAUCCAUACCGGGGAACGACUCAGUUGUGACCAAUGCGACAAAACCUUUUCCCGUCGUGACAAACUGUCCAGACAUCGGUUAACUGUUCAUUUCCCUAAGGCCAGCUAAUUGUUAUUGAAAAUUAUCAAAAAGCCUUAUUAAAUUAUAUAUAUUAUCUUUUCGUCAGUGAACUCUGAUGUCCCAUACGGUGAAUCGAUCAGUGUCAAAUAACGCUCUUUAUGUGUGAUAAUUUGGCCUGUAUUCUGACCUAUCUAAACAUUCCCUCACUUGUUGGUAGGAAAUGUUAAGAAGAGCUAUAAUGAAUAGAACUGGAGUGUCUAUACAUCCUUCUGCAGC